GGGGGCUGUCGGGUGCCUCACCGGACUACCGCAGCCGNGUUGUGUCCAUCUACGAGCAGUAGCCCCCAACAAGCUGGCCAACGUGGAUGCGCAGCUGGAGAAGUACCGGGGCCAGGAGGAGGCACUGAUUGCUGCUCUUGUCAGCAAGUACGGCCCCGAGCCUUCGGGGGCUGUGGGUGCCUCACCGGACUACCGCAGCCGUGUUGUGUCCAUCUACGAGCAGUACGCCCCCGACAAGCUGGCCAACGUGGAUGCGCAGCUGGAGAAGUACCGGGGCCAGGAGGAGGUACUGAUUGCCGCUUUGCAACGAAACUAUGUGGAUGGCAGUAUCUCUGCUGUCUCGCAGUCUUUUGCCAGUGGAUGUGUAGUGCCACCUUUUUCACUAACGGCGGACGUUGCACCUCAGAUAUUAUAUAUGAAGGAGCUUGCGGUUACUGUGGACAAGGAAGCUGUGAGCCGACUGGAGCUUGUAGAGGCUUUUAAUGUUGUAGUUGCGAGUCUGUGGGUAUGUGCGGAGUCUGAGAGACGUUUGGAUGUAGAGCGGCAGGAACAAUUGUCGGCUGUUAUUGUUGAGGAGUUCUCUGAUCGUCUUUGGAUUCUUCUGGAAGAGGCAGUCCACCUCCCUGCUUUGGAGCAUCCGCCUUUUCCGUUUGUGUCGGAAAGCGGUAAUGUUUUGGCAGAUUUUUUUGCAGCGUUGGGCACGACGGCGGCAAACGGCAAAACGUUAAUUGUGGCUUCAGCGUGCCGUCUCCUUUUUUUUCAGGCCGUUGGUGUGAAGCUGCUGGAGGGGCCGAAGGCGGAUCUUGUUACUUUUGAGGAGUUUCGUCAGCUGCUGACUCGUGCCUGUCAAAGGGAGGCGGACGUCGUUGCCAGGAUGCGUCAAUUCGUGUCAACAGCGAAGCGUCGGGAGCGACCAACAUCCCUCACAGCGUCGCUGGAGCUUCGCGUGGGUUUUUGGGCGUACCGCUGUGUGAAGCCGUGUGUUGUGGAGGACUGGCAGCGCGUGUGGGUGGUGCUGGAGGACGACACCCGGCUGGUGCUCCGGCGGCCGCACGCUCGGUUGCCGGAGCUCACGAUCUCCAUCGACCAUGUGAUUAAGUGCCAACUGGCCUCGAUGCUUGCGACUCUGGCACCACGCUCGUGUGCCAAGAAUGGGUUGUACCUGCAAUUUUCCAUUGGCGCCAACCCUGUCCUAGUGCUUCUGUGCCCUCAGCGUGUGGCGCACGCCCAGGCGCUGGUUACGAUGUUCCGUCUCGGCGUCAAGCGACAACCACCAGCAGAGGCAAGAGACACCGUUACGGAAUUCAAAGAAACGCCAACGGGUAAAAUUGACGAACAGAUUUCUUCUUCUUCUGCUGCUGCCGCCACUGGUGGCGGUGGUGAUGGUGGUGGUGGUGGUGCAAAUUGCCGACCUGAACGCGCGUGCCGUGCGACGAAGGUUUGGUGCUGUCGCGGCGGCUGCAGUACGUUUGUUUGCUCCAAGUGGGUUUUGGCGGGCGACUUCAUCUUGCACCACACCGAGGGCGAGCAGAGGCAGUUUACCUGGAGCCUGGCAACGGUGAAGGACGUCUACCUCGUCAAGGAACUUGCCAUGAAGCCACCCGUGGGUGUUGCGAAGCAUGCUUUUGUGAUAAUACACAAGACGGGGUCGUUGUUCUGCUGCACGGAGACUUCUGCUGCUCGCGACAUUCUCGUUUCUUACAUCAAGAGGGUACUUUUUAGGAAUUUCUUGCAGUCAAACCAAACAUGCAGCUCCGUUCUUGCCCCGUCGCUGACUGAGAAGACUAAAGAGGAAGAGUGUGGCGUGCCCCUGGCGGCCACGGCCCACCGGGUUCCUGGUGUUGCUCAAUCUUCAUCUCGCCGAUGA